CGCCAAGCAUUUUUAAAUUAACCUCUAGUGGUCACACUGGUCAACAACAAAAAUAAAACAGCUGUUUCGUAACUGUUGGUAACGCUGGCACUUUAAGCAGCGCCGUCAACUAUAGUAUAAACUCUCGUAACUUUUAAUCUGAACAAAUUGCAAAAUGCAAAGACAAAUAUUUAAUGUGUUUGGAAAUGUGACGCGACAGGUGCGUAGCAGUCAGCGUGCAUUCUCAGUGACGCCGAAGAAAAGGGAAAUCUUCAAAGUACAGAGCUCAGAGGACUUUGACAAGAAGGUGAAGAACAGCCAGGAGCCCGUGAUAGUGGACUUUUUUGCAACUUGGUGCAAUCCUUGCAAACUCCUGACCCCGCGCAUAGAGACCAUUGUGGGCGAGCAGGCGGGCUCCAUUAAACUGGCUAAAGUUGACAUUGACGAACACAGUGAGCUAGCGCUGGAUUACGAUGUGGGCGCCGUUCCCGUGCUUAUGGUUAUGCAAAACGGCAAGGAAGUGCAACGCAUGGUUGGACUUCAGGAUGAGGACAAGAUACGCGCCUGGGUAGCCACGGCGGUCAAAAAUGCGAAGCAGUAGAAGUACUCCCUUUGGCAUCAUAAAUGUUUCUAAGCUUUAAACUUGUUUUACUCAACUAAUAUGGGUUUUUCAAAAUAAAUGUUAUUAUUCGUUGCAAACUA